CACAGACUCUAUGCAGUUGAUAUUUUUGUACAACUAGUCUGUGUAAUAUAAGACAAUAGCAGCAUAGACAGCAACUGGUAAAGUAGAAUCAAAUGAUGUAGAGUAGGCUGGAGAUAAGCCUACCUUAACUCCGAACAUAAACAGCCCCCAAACAGCGCCGCGAAUGACCGUUGAGCACUCUAAAUAGAACGCAGUUGGCGUCAUCGCAGCUGACUCACAAGUCCAAAAAAGCAGGGCUUCGAUGCUGAAAUCUUUUCUCACUCAAACAUCUCUAUCCGACCGUUAUCCAAGAUGAGUGCACCGCAGGCCGAGCAGAAGAAACUGUCUGGCUUUAACCUCUACUCGCGAUUCGCCUUUGCUGGUGCUGUUUGUUGCUCCGUUACCCAUGGAGGUCUGACUCCUGUUGAUGUCGUCAAAACCCGCAUCCAACUCGACCCAGUCACCUACAACCGCGGUCUGGUCGGUGGCUUCCGCCAGGUCAUCCAGAAUGAAGGCGCCGGCGCCCUUCUAACCGGUGCCGGUCCUACAUUUGCCGGAUACUUCCUGCAGGGCGCGUUGAAGUUUGGCGGAUACGAGUUCUUCAAGCAGCAAUCCAUCAACACGAUCGGGUACGAGAAUGCCAGGAACAACCGUAUCGCAGUCUACAGUGUUUCGGCUGGUUUUGCAGAGUUCUUUGCGGAUAUUGCGCUGUGUCCGCUUGAGGCGACUCGGAUUCGAUUGGUGUCGGAGCCUGGGUUCGCCAGUGGCCUUGUUUCUGGAUUUAGCAGGAUUGCUCGCCAGGAGGGUAUUGGGGCUUUUUACUCUGGGUUUGGUCCUAUCCUUUUUAAGCAGGUCCCAUACACCAUCUCCAAGUUCGUCGUGUAUGAAAAGGUCGCCGAGCUCGCCUACGACAAGUUCUUCGACAAGGAAAAGACCAGCGACGGCAUGCAAACCGCCAUCAACCUUGGUUCUGGUCUGAUUGCCGGUUUCGCCGCCGCGCUCGUCUCCCAGCCAGCCGAUACCAUGCUGUCCAAGAUCAACAAGUCCAAGGGUCUUCCGGGUGAAGGCACGACCAGCAGACUGAUCAAGAUUGGUAAAGAGCUUGGAUUCCGUGGCUCGUAUAGCGGUAUUGGUGCUCGUUUGUUCAUGGUUGGUGCUUUGACGGCUGGUCAAUUUGCCAUUUAUGGUGAUCUGAAGAAGGCCAUGGGAGCUGUAAGUUGUGUGCCCUGUAGAUUCAAGGCAAGUGCUAACUGCUCUAGACUGGGGGUGUUGAGAUUGCGAAAUAGUCGCCAGAGUAGAUGUGUAUUCAAGAAUAGACGUAUAACACGUGCAAGUAUUUAUUUUUCUGAUCGAUAUGUUUAAUAAACCGAAUCUUAAAAUCGGAGCAUGCAAUUCCCCACAAUCACUGCAUGAAUGACGAUCUUUCUGCCUGAAUCAGGUGUCCAUGUCAGCUUAUCGGUUGCUGACCGAAUCUGCGUCAACUCCCCGCCCGGUUACUUUUAUUUAUCCUUUUAUCCCCAG